CUUUUCCUGUCUUUUCCUUCACCUUUUUCUCAUCUCCACCCCCACCCCCUCAAUUUUUAAGGUUUCUUUUUAACAUAAGAAGCAAUCAUUCCAAGUACUGAUUCCAAAAUCAGUACUUUGGAACUGGAAUAGUCUUCACCACUUUAUGUAAAUAUCUUCAUUUUUAGGUUUAAAAUUAGAGUACAGUUAAUCCUUGAACAACACAAGUUUGAGCUGAUUGGGUCCACUUAUAUGUGGAUUUUUCCCCAUAAAUACAGUACACUACUGUAAAUGUAAUUUUCUCUUCCUCGUGAUUCUUGUAAUAACAUUUUCUUUUCUCUAGCUAACUUUAUUGUAAGAAUACAGUAUGUAAUAUAUAUAACAUACAAAAUAUGUGUUAACUAUUUAUGUUAUUGUAAGGCUUCUGGUGAAUAGUAGGCUAUUAGUAAUUAAGUUUUGGAGGAGUCAGAAGUUAUACAUGGGUUUUGUACAUGGGGGUUGGCACUUCUAACCCCAUAGUUCAGGGGUCAACUGUGCUUCUUUUUGGUUCUUUCUGGCUUGUGAUAAGAUAAUUUUGUUUCAUAUUCAGGAUUUCUAGUAGUAAAUUUUAAAAGAUUAGUCAUUUUAUUUAAUCACAUAUUAUGAUUUGUUUAACAUUAAAUUGCCAAGUGUUUCUAUUCUCUUAAUAUUACCUCUUCUCUGAUUUUGUUGAUACAGAUUUAAUAUAAUAUCUUUAUUUUAUUUUAUUUUUUUUAAGUAAACUCUACACCCAACAUGGGGCUUGAACUCAUGAUCCCCACGAUCAAGAGUCUACAUGCUCUACUGACUGAGCCAGCCAGGCACCCCUUAAUAUAGUAUCUUUUAAAAGUUUGCUUUCCUACUUAUAGCAUCCUGAAUGAUUGGCUAUCUUUAAAAUGUCGCCUCUCUUCCUAGUACACACUAAAAUCCACUGAGUGUUUUUUAAUUGCACAUAACACUAAAGAAAAACCUUGUCUACUGCUUUUAAAAACAAACUGUGAAUGUGAAAAUGUCUUCUGAUGUGACUGCUUUGUAAGCUCAGUAAAACACUUUUCAUCCAGAAGAAGACCUGGCCUAAGUGCUUGCCAGACAAAAAGUAUGCAGCAGCAAAUGAUCUUUUUGUUACCUCAGUCUGACAACAUAAUAUAUAAAAUCACAAAUUGUUUGGGUUGCUGAGAUUUCAUUUUACUAAUUAAAGGAAUACUCUAUUUUAGAAAUGUUAAGCCAACACUGGUAUUUAGAAAAAGCUGGAGAAGUAGAGCAAUAAACUGAAAUAAAUUGGAGAAGAUACUAAUUUAAAAAAACAAACUGGAAUCAAGUCUUUUUCUUAAAGAACAAAUGAGACUCCUAAGAAACUGAAGGAACUUUUCGAAAAGCAAGAUUAAAAGAGUUAUACUCAGAUGACAAGAAACAAUGAAGUAAAAUCAUCCACUUUAAUAAUGGCUACAAUGACCUUAAAUCUUAAAAAGUCACUAAAUAUAAAUGACCACUGGUUUCAUUUGAACUUAAACAAGACCUAUGCAGGUUUGGUAGAAUUAUAAUUUAUGAUUGUAUAAUAUUAAGACUUCUUCAAAUCUUUGUAUUUGUCAAUUUGUGACUUUAGAACAUACACAGAGUUUUCUAGGUAUUAUUAAAGAUUUUUAAAAAAUCUAAACCAUACAGUGGAUGUAUUACAUGUUUUUUAAUGUUGACUUUUAAAUGUCAGAAUGAAUGUAAUACCAGAAUAAGCCACAGGGUGGGAGUGAAAGGCAAGAACUUAGCUUCAGAGAGUAGCUUAAAUACAUCAUUGCACUAUCUGUAAAAUGCUUGUUAAAUGCUAAGGUGCUGUAGCCUGGUUUUCUUUCUUCCUCUCUACACAGCUGCAUUCCUCAGCAAAGAAUCUAUAACAAAAUACAAAGACAUUAACUUAAACCUAUAGACCAAUAAUGGAAAAGAAGUAAAUACACACACAUACACAGAUUUUUUUUUUCCUGGUUUCUGGUCAUAUCAGGUGCUUCUUAAAUUGUCAGUACUGGAAAUAGUAAUUACAGAAGUUACCCGAAAUACUUCUUGUCUCCAUCCUAUUCUUCUGGCUCAGUUUUCCUUUUUCCCUGAUGAUUCUUAUUUAAAGAAAAGAAA